ACGGGGGCUAAAAGUAUCCGCUGUUAUUAGAAGAUGAAAAGGAAAAAUCCUAAAUCCUUGUCAGUGUUCAUCGGUGACCUCCUUUCCUUGUGACGGGAAAGCUGACAUGUGAGCAAACGGUGACCUCGCUUUGGGGGUCACGUUGCCAAACCAGGACUGGCGGUAUGUCACGACCACAUGAGGACCGCUGUGGGUGGACUUGGAGACGUGGUACUACUCCAAAAGGAUCAAGUUAUACACAAAACAAAUGUACAGUAUAUCCAUUAUAUCCAGUAUAUCCAUGAAGCCUACAGAUGGGUCCCAAUGUGGGCGGCAGGACCUGAUCCAGGACAGAUUGCUAUAGAUCCCAAUGUGGGCGGCAGGACCUGAUUCAAGACGGAUUGCUAUGGGUCCCAAUGUGGGCGGCAGGACCUGAUCCAGGACGGAUUGCUAGCCCUGAUACAGGACAGAUUGCUAUGGGUCCCAAUGUGGGCGGCAGGACCUGAUCCAGGACGGAUUGCUAUGGGUCCCAAUGUGGGCGGCAGGACCUGAUCCAGGACAGAUUGCUAUAGAUCCCAAUGUGGGCGGCAGGACCUGAUUCAAGACGGAUUGCUAUGGGUGCCAAUGUGGGCGGCAGGACCUGAUCCAGGACGGAUUGCUAGCCCUGAUACAGGACAGAUUGCUAUAGGUCCCAAUGUGGGCGGCAGGACCUGAUCCAGGACUGAUUACUAUGGAGCCCAAUGUGGGUGGCAGGACCUGAUCCAGGACGGAUUGCUAUGGGUCCCAAUGUGGGCGGCGGGACCUGAUCCAUUAUGGAAUGCUAUGGAUCCCAAUGUGGGCGGCAGGACCUGAUUCAAGACGGAUUGCUAUGGAUCCCAAUGUCCUGAGAAGAUGCUGGAUGAGUUCUUGCAAGAAUAGAUCCAUCAUCAAGGCGGCCAUCAUGGACACCUCCGACCUCCAGGAUGGACUCAGUGAGCUUUUAUGUGGAUGGUACCAUCUCUGAAGGCCAGGGUAUCUCCUGAGGAACAUAAGGAGCCUCCAAAGAAUGCUAGUGGAGAUCCACCUCACUCCUCUGCGUCAUUUAUGGAGACAAGAAAGUGACAGUGAAAAAUAAUAAGAAUAAUAAUAAUAAUAAAGCGCUAUGGUCCUCCACAUCACCCCCUACUCCAGUUCCUGUCUCUGCUUCCUGGACGGCUUGUCAUGGAGUCUGGUGUUCCCCUGCUACUGGCUCCUGGACCAGCUGCUGGCCUCCUGCGUGGCCACCUCGCUAGAGAAACGCCAACGCUCUCAGGAUCCUUGCUCCCUCCUGACUCUCUGCGUGCUGAUCAUGGCUCCUCUCUACUUGCUCCUCCUCCUCACCUCCUUGCCUUUCGCUCUGCUGGGAUUCAUCAUCUGGGCUCCUCUGCAGGCCAUCCGUCAACCUUACCUGUACACCUACUGCAGACCAGACAAGCACCAGGCUGAGCAGGGCGAGGCUGGUUCAGGACCGGUUGGGGUCAGAGACUGGAGAGCGCAGGGGAAGAGCUUCUGUUUCUGCAGUGCCAACGUUUGCCUGCUGCCCGACUCCCUGGCCCGGUUCAACAACCUGGCAGACACCCACAGGAGAGCCUGGGAGGUCGGCAAGAGGAUUCGGAACGGGGCCUGUCGGCCUCAGAUCAAAAUCUACAUUGACUCACCUACCAAUACUUCUAUCAGUGCCACCUCCUUUAGCAGCCUCGCUACUGGUUUCCGCCGUACCUCCUCCCUGGACCAGCGGCCUGACCAGUCCCACACCAUUAAUGGUCCGGCAGAAACUGAAUCCGAGCCUCUCGCCGAGUGUCCGAUUCACCCCUCAGGUGCCGCAGGUUGCCCACUUCAUGCAUCUACAGGAGGGCAGGGAUCCUCUGAAUGCCCACUUCGAUCCACAGUGGACUGCCCACUCCACUCUGGAGAAAUAAACAGCAGGGAAAAGUGUCCGAUGCAUCCGGUGCCCGAUGGGACAGAUUGUCCGAUGCAUCCCGUGCCUGAUGGAACAAAAUGUCCGAUGCAUCCUGUGGCCAAUGGGACAGAUUGUCCGAUGCAUCCCGUGCCCGAAGGGACAGAUUGUCCGAUGCAUCCCGUGCCCGAUGGGACAAUCUGUCCGAUGCACCCCGUGCCGGAUGGGACAAAGUGUCCGAUGCACGCUGUGCCCGAUGGGACAAACUGCCCGAUGCAUCCCGUGCCCGAUGGGACAAAGUGUCUGAUGCACGCCGUGCCCGAUGGGACAAACUGUUCGAUGCAUCCCGUGCCCGAUGGGACAAAUUGUCCGAUGCAUCCCGUGCCAGAUGGGACAAAUUGUCCGAUGCACCCCGUGCCCGAUGGCCCAGAUUGCCCGAUGCACUCUACAGGGACCCGUAGCGGUCUCAACAAUGGGAAGGAGACCCAAACUAAAACGACCAAUGACUGCCCACUUCACACUGCUGGCGUUCAGAUCAGCAUCAGCGCCCCCGACCCCGACCCCCAGGAGGACCCCGCAGAGACGGGGUGCAUGACGGCGUCAAGAGAAUCCCUGACUCGAUACCACGGAAGCGAUGGAGGCGGAGUUAUAUCGUCGAACAACACGCUCUCUCACGUGCCUCGCACUUCGAUAUAUAAACGCCCGGGGAGGAAGCGUCGCCACGGAGACGAGACGUUCGACCACGAGAUCUCUGCCUUCUUCCCCGCCAACUUGGACUUCCUCGCUCUCCAGGAAGUUUUCGACCACGGCUCGACAAGUCGGCUGCGGCAACAGUUGCACCGCUACUUCCCCUACGUGCUGAGUGACGUCGGGCGGUACGGGUGGAAAGGAUGCGGCUCCAGUUUUAAGUUCCUAAAUAGUGGACUCAUGCUUGCCAGUCGAUACCCCAUCCUGGAUGCACGCUAUGAGUGCUACCCCAAUGGGAGAGGGGAGGACGCCUUGGCGGCCAAAGGAGCUCUUUUUGCCAAGGUCCACGUCGGCACCUCCCACCAGGACCAGAGAGUCGUGGGCUAUCUGACAUGCACCCACCUGCACGCCAUCGAAGGUGAUGCCUCGGUUCGAUGCCAGCAGCUUGAUUGGCUGCUCCAGUGGGGGGCGGAGUUUCGCCAAACUUCAUCGCCAUCUCAGGAAGUAGAGAAAGUACUGGAAGACCUCGUGGCCUUUGAUGUCCUUCUGGGGGACCUCAACUUUGACAAUUGCUCUUCAGAAGACAAGUUGGAACAGCAGCAUCCAGUUUUUACCGUGUACAAGGACCCGUGUCGCCAGGGACCAGGAGAGGACAAACCAUGGGCUCUGGGUACACUACUGGAUCCUAGUGGCCUUUAUGAUGAUGAGGUCAGUUCACCGGAAAGUUUACAAAAGGUGAUGGAGAACGAGGACGGCAGGAAGGAGUACCUGGUCUUCCCCCCCAGUAAGAACCAGUGUCCCUCCGGCAGCCAGAAAGGACGCAAGAUUCCACUAAAAGGCAACGGACGACGGAUUGAUUACAUCCUGUACAGCGACGAGGGUUUGCAACAGGACUGGAAGCUGGAAGUUGAGGAGGUGAGCUUCGUGACGCAGUUAGCGGGUCUCACGGAUCACCUUCCUGUCGCCAUGCGAUUGGCUGUUUCCACAGGGGAGGAGGAGUCUUAGAGGGAUUCCAUUUCCGGGGAGCAGCAAGGAGAAGAAACUGCUAUCUACUGCCCCCCCCCCCCCCCCUCUGUGGACAACCCCCAAACUCCCAACCCCCCCCCCCCUGUUGGAUUGUUUCUAGUAGCCAAUGUUUACACCUUUAUACCGCAUCUCCUUUAUUCCCAAGCAUGCGUUUUUUUUCUUGUUUCUACCUUCCGGGACCUUUGGACUUGAAUUGUGGAGUUACUGUAUUUACACAUAAGACAAAUAAUGACCUCCACCAAGGCAUCACUCUUCUAUUGUACUUCCUGUUUCACUAAGGACAAGACCGGAAAAGUCACGGUACCGUGUGGCUAAGACUUAAGUUAUGUGGUCACAUGGUCACGUGGUCACGUGUCCGCGUGGCGAAGAAUCGCUACUUGACUUCUUUUUGAUGACUUUUUUGCCCAAGGUCAAAUCAAGGUCAAUUCAGGAUUGGGAAAAAGGAUGGGACUUGAACGCUCGGUCUGGGCUGCUCAGCAGUUGGAACCAGCGUGAAGGCUGGAAAAAUGGUAUCCUGGAUCUGGAUUUGGAUCUGGAUCUGCGGUGGGACUAACCCUAAGCCCUAAACCUUUAAACCUAACCUCAAAACCUAAACCUAACCUCUAAAUCCGACCCUAACCUCUAAACCUAAACCUCAAUCUGAUCCUAACCUCUAAACUUAACCCUAAACCUGAUCCUAACCUCUAAACCUAACCUCUAAACCUGACCCUAACCUCUAAACCUAACCCUAGCCUGUAAACCUGACCUCAACACCUAAACUUCUAAACCUGACCCUAACCUCUAAACCUUACCCUCAACCUGAUCCUAACCUCUAAACCUAACCCUAAACCUGAUCCUAAUCUCUAACCCUAACCUCCAAACCUAAACCUGACCCUAACCUCUAAACCUGAGCCUAACCUCUAAACCUGAGCCUAACCUCUAAACCUGACCCUAACCUCUAAACCUAACCCUAAACCUGAUUCUAAUCUCUAACCCUAACUUCUAAACGUAAACCUGAGCCUAACCUCUAAACCUGAGCCUAACCUCUAAACCUGACCCUAACCUCUAAACCUAACCCUAAACCUGAUCCUAAUCUCUAACCCUAACUUCUAAACGUAAACCUGACCCUAGCCUCUAAACCUGACCUCAACACCUAACCCUAACCUCUAAACCUAACCCUAAACCUGAUCCUAACCUCUAAACCUGACCUCACCACCAAACCCUGACCUCUAAACCUAACCCUAAACCUGAUCCUAAUCUCUAACCCUAACUUCUAAACCUAAACCUGACCCUAGCCUCUAAACCUGACCUCAACACCUAACCUCUAAACCUAACCGUAAACCUGAUCCUAACCUCUAAACCUGACCUCACCACCAAACCCUAACAUCUAAACCUAACCCUAAACCUGAUCCUAAUCUCUAAACCUGACCCUAACCUCUAAACCUAACCCUAGCCUCUAAACUUGACCUCACCACCUAACCUCUAAACCUAACCCUAAACCUGAUCCUAAUCUCUAAACCUGACCUCACCACCUAACACUAACCUCUAAACCUAACCCUAAACCUGAUCCUAAUCUCUAACCCUAACUUCUAAACCUAAAUCUAACCCUAGCCUCUAAACCUGACCUCACCACCUAACCCUAACCUCUAAACCUGACCUCAACACCUAACCCUAACCUCUAAACCUAACCCUAAACCUGAUCCUAACAUUUAAACCUGAGCUCAAAAGCUAACCCUAACCUCUAACCCUAAACCUGACACUAAGCUUUAAAGCUAACCCUCAACCUGAUCCUCACCUCUAAACCUAAACCUGACCCUAACCUCUAAACCUAACCCUAGCCUCUAAACCUGACCUCACCACCUAACCCUAACCUCUAAACCUAAACCUGAUCUUAAUCUCUAACCCUAACCUCUAAACAUAAACCUGAUCCUAACCUCUAAACCUGAGCUCAAAACCUAACCCUAACCUCUAAACCCGACCCUAACCUCUAAACCUAACUCUAAACUUAACCCUAAACCUGACCCAAAUUCCUAUUCUUUGGUCAUGUCCAACAUUUCUGAGGUCCAUGUUAGUUAGAAUAGAAGAAUAUCUUUCAUAUCAUUAGACAUUCCGCUUAUGUUUAUUGAUCAUUUCAAUGACAUUCAUUUGGAAUAAAUCAUACG